CCCUCAGGACGUGUCUCUUCCUUCCCCUAGCAUUCAAGCCAAACAUUGCUGCCUGAGACCUUCACCCAGCCUCACUCAGCACACCACCCUCAGCUGCCGGCCUCAUGGCUCUGCUCUUCAACUUGCUCGCCAUCUCGGCCAUUUUCAUUGGAUCCUGCCUCUCAAAGUCUCCACCCAAAGUGCGGCUAAUAGGAGGUCCCCACCGCUGCGAAGGGCGAGUAGAGCUGGAGCUCAAUGGCCAGUGGGGGACUGUAUGUGAUGACGGCUGGGACUUGACUGAUGUGGCUGUGGUAUGCCGGGAGCUGAAUUGUGGAGCAGCCAACAAAACCCUAAGUGGUACAUUAUAUAAGCCAGCAGCACCAGAAAACCAACGAGUUCUUAUUCAAGACGUCAACUGCAAUGGGAUGGAAGACGCAUUGUCUGAAUGUGAGCAAAAUGAAGACGUUUUUAAUUGCCCACAUUCAGAAGAUGCUGGGGCACGGUGUGAGGAUGCCCCUUUCAGCCCAGAGAAUGUGCGGCUCGUAGACGGCCGGGGGCACUGCCAGGGCCGAGUGGAGCUGCUACACCAGGUGCAGUGGAGCAGUGUGUGCAAAGCAGGCUGGAACUUACGGGCCUCGAAGGUGGUUUGCAGGCAGCUGGGGUGUGGGCGGGCACUCCAGACCCACAGAGGCUGCAGCAAGAUGGCUCAGGGCAAAGGACACAUCUGGAUGGGCCAGAUGUCAUGCUCUGGACAAGAAGCAAACCUUCAGGACUGCCCUUUUAAGCCUUUGCAGAACCACUGUACCCACAGCGAGGACACAUGGAUAGAAUGCGAAGAUCCCUUUGAGCUGAGGCUGGCUGGAGGAGACAACCCCUGCUCUGGGAGGCUGGAGGUGCUUCACAAGGGUUCGUGGGGCUCUGUCUGUGACGACGGCUGGGGAGAAAAGGAGGACCAAGUGGUGUGCCGGCAGCUGAGAUGUGGGAAGCCCCUCUCGGAAGCCAGAAGAAGUUACGGACCCGGGGUUGGCCGCAUCUGGCUGGAUGACGUUGUAUGCACAGGGGAGGAGCCGUCCCUGGAGUCCUGCCUGCACAGGCUGUGGGGCUAUAACGACUGUACCCACAAGGAAGAUGUGGCAGUGACCUGCUCAGAAACUACCCCGGACUUCGAUGUGUGACCCGGAUCCUUGCCUGACCUGGAUCCCUGCUGCUUGUUCAGUUGGACCUUGAUUCUCCUUGUGGUUAUAACUGGCCAUGGACGUUAGCCACUUCUCCCCGAGCCUCUUAAGAGUCUGAACAAUGUGUGUCUUUAUCUCAGGGGUACACCUGCCCACAGUCCCCUUAAGAUAUGAGCCGCUGCGGUCCCUUGCUGAAGAAGUGUUUCCAGUUGUCCUUUGCCUUACUUUCUCUUCCCAGCCUACUUGGCACAACCCGUCAGUAAGCAACAUGGAGGAUGUGACAACAAAAGAAGAACUUGAAAGGAAAUAUGGUUAGACAGUGUUUUAGAGGCGGGGAGAAAACAGACUUUUCUGAAUGCUCUUUAAAUUUUGUAACAAGCCAAGUGAUCACAACAAUAACGCUUCACCACUCUGCCACUCUCAGAGAACGUAGCAGCGUGGUCUCCUGUAGGCCUUGAAUGUUACUCGUUGAGUUCUAGACGUCUACCCAAACCCAUAUGUCUGAAGUUUGGUGUCUGAUGCAGCAGCAUUCUGAGGGACCUAACUGCACCAUGUGAUCUGGUCCCUCGGCCCUUAUGAAUGGAUUAAUCACUGGAGAAUCCAUGGGGAGGUGGUAGAAACUUUGGGAGUUAGGAUCUAGUUAGAGGAAGAAGGCCACCUGGGUGUGCCUUCAGAAGGGGAUAUUUUCUUCACAGCUUGAUCCCCUUCCCCUGUUCGAGGGCUGACUCUAUAUCUUAGCUGUUGUGAAUUAUGCUUCAAUAAACACGAGUAUGCAGGUA